AUGGACGGUCUACGGACGGAUGUAAGGGAGGAUCUAGGACCGAAUGGCAGGGAGGACCUAGGACCGGAUUGUAGGAAGAACCUAGGACCGGAUGGUAGGGAGGACUUAGGAGCGGAUGGUAGGGAGGACCUAGGACCGGAUGGUAGGGAGGACUUAGGACCGGAUGGUAGGGAGGAAUUAGGACCGGAUGGACCGGAUGGUAGGGAGGACUUAGGAUCGGAUGGUAGGGAGGACUUAGGACUGGUUGCUAGGGAUGACUUAGGACCGGAUGGUAGGGAGGACUUAGGACCGGAUGGUAGGGAGAACUUAGGACCGGAUGGUAGGGAGGACUUAGGACUGGAUGCUAGGGAGGAAUUAGGACCGGAUGGUAGGGAGGACUUAGGACCGGAUGGUAGGGAGGACUUAGGACUGGAUGCUAGGGAGUACUUAGGAUCGGAUGCUAGGGAGGACGUAGGACCGGAUGGUAGGGAGGACUUAGGACCGGAUGGUAGGGAGGAUUUAGGACUGGAUGCUAGGGAGGACGUAGGACCGGAUGGUAGGAAAGACUUAGGACUGGUUGCUAGGGAUGACUUAGGACCGGAUGGCAGGGAGGACUUAGGACCGGAUGGUAGGGAGAACUUAGGACCGGAUGCUAGGGAGGACUUAGGACCGGAUGCUAGGGAGGACUUAGGACUUGAUGCUAUGGAAGGCUUAGGACCAGAUGCUCGUGCCAGGAUCGGUGGAAUCCGUAUCUACAAGUUUGAUCUAGGUAAAGACAAACCGCGUUAA